AUGUCCACGUUAACCGCUGCUUUGGCGCUUGACGAAGGCUUGAACUACGAUGCGUUGACGGUCAAGUACAACGAUUUACAACGGCUACACGAGAAUUCUGAACACAACCAAGAGACUUUACGCAAUGAGUUGCAGCGGAUCCGAUUCGAAUUACAAGCUGCUCAGGCGCGAGCAUCCGAACUUGAAGUGCAAAAACAAAACGUUACGCUUCAACAUGACAAAAGCAGCUCAAACGAACGCAAGCUGAGCGAAUUACUUGCAAAUUUAACUUCGAGUUUUACUUUGGUUAAAGAAAGCAAUAAAGAGCUUGUUCAAAAAAACAGCGAGUUGAAAAAGCAAUACACCACGCUCAAGUUUGAAAAAAACGAUGUUGAUGCCACGAAUCAAAAGAAUCGGUCGCGACUGGACUAUCUUGAGAGGCGGGUCGAUACCCUCGUUUCUGAAAAAACCAAAGCCCAACAGGAAUUAAGAGAAACCCAAAAAAGCCUUCGCGAUGUCUGGACUUCAAGGAGAGAUGAAACGCGAGCGUAUGAAGCGGAACGCUUCGAACUGGAACGCGCUCAUGUUGCAUUGCAAAGCGCUAAUCAGGAACUGCGACUCGAGCUGCUUCAGUCUCAAAACAAAUCGGAAUCAGCAGCUGCUCAAGUAGAGUCACUUACACAGAAAUAUGCAGCACUCACAGAGAACCAUGCGCACAUCAGGAACGAUCAUCGGCUCUUGGUCGAUAUAUACGAACAAAGACUGAGCGAAUCCAAGGCCGAGCAUGAACGAAUGCGGUCUACCAUCGAAGCAAAUCGGGAGGCGCACCUAGAGGUCGAGCAGCGAUUACAGACAGAAAACGAUCAACUGCAAAGUCGACUGGAUGCACUGGAAUUUAGUGGCCCCGACAGCAGUAGCAUUGACAUUAGCCAAUACAACAAGGAUCAAAAAGAUUUGAUUGCUCAACGGGAUAGCUAUGAAGCCCUGUGUACCAGAUUGCGGGCAGAUUGGACAGCGAAGGAUACACAAUACAGUCAACUCGCACAAGAAAAUCAGGAGCUGCGCUCCAAUGUCGAUGCUUUGUCCCGCGAAAUACCCACCGGCCAAGAGUUUACGCAACUGAAAGAAGAGGCUGCAAAUCUGCGGGCAGAGAACGACAAGCUUAGCACACAGCUCGGAAACACGACAUACCAGCUGCAGUACUUAUUACGCGAAGUCCAGAGCAGCGAGAUUCUUGCUCCUUUUGUGGAUCAAUCCGUAGAUCUCGACUCGCUUUCCGAUAUCUCGCCGAAUGCACCCCAUGAACAACUUGUCUUCAAGAAUGUCGGAGAACUCAUCAAGAAAAACCAAAGCUUACAAUGUGAACUUGAACUGAGCAACCAGCAUAUCCGAAACAAGACGGACCAAAUCAACAGAUCUAACAAGCAAUUGCAAGAUAUGCAACGCAAUUACAGUGAAAAGAUCAGUACUGCUGAGGCGGAAAUCAGUGAUCUUCAAAGUACAUCCAGCUCUUUACGAACAAGUCUCUCUGAGGCUACAGAAAAAAUACGCUUAAGCGAAAAGGCACUACAGGAGAACAUCAAGCGUACAUCACCGUUUAUCAACACAGAACUACUACAAAAGGUUAAACAGUAUCAGCAACGUAUUGAGCAACUCGAAUCGAGCAAGGACGAAUUCUACCAAGGGAUGCAACAGGACUUGGCACGCCUUCGAUGUGAAUUUGAAAGUGCAGUCACCAACGCAGCAAAUGCAAACGAGGAGCGGAAGAAAAUCGAGACCGAGCUGUCGCACGUCAAAACAGAACAUGCACGACUUGUUCAAGCUCUCAAGUUACAUUCGAACCGUGAGGAAGAGCUAGGCGCUACGAACAAGGAACUUGUGGAACGCUUGGAGGCACGCGAUGCUAUGCUUGAACAAAAGCGCACAGAGCUUAUCAAUGUUCAAAAUACUGCUGAAACCUUACAGCGAGAACAACAAAUGAUCCAGAAUGAGCUCCAAUUCAGCAACGAAAAAGUGCAACAGUUGAUUGAAGUGAAUAAGAAGCUUGAACAGGAUCAUCAGCAAGUCAAUGCAAUGCUACAAGAAGUAACUGCGGCCGGUAUCGGUGGUGAAGCCAGCAGCAGCGAGAAGAUCAACGAGAUCCUCAGCAGCCGGCUCAAAGUGAGAGAAAAGGAGCUGCGACUGUUGCGCGACAAGGUCGAUACCACACAAAAGGAGCUACAAGACUACACGCAGCGCGAGCAAGAACACUGGAAGCCUAUGGUUGCUGAUCUCAAAAAAGAACUUAACCACGUACGAGCCGAGCGCAUACAACUUGAGAAGGACGUGUCAACAGCCAAUGAGCAGCGUCUUGUACUCGAAAACAAACUGACAGCCACGGAACGUGAGCUUAGGGAAGCAAAUAUGACCAUGGGCGAUGGUGAUCCCGAGAAUUUCCGUAUGAAGCUAUCCGCAGCGCACGACGAGAUCAAUGAACUCAACAAGCAAGUGACGCUCUACAAGGGACGCCUGGAUGUCAUCAACCAGCAAGCAACAGCACUACAACAAGAGCAUGAUGAUUAUGUCAAUGAGGCCCGUGGCAAGUUGACAAAGGUGCAUACAGCUUUGCAAGAACGCAACGUUCGCAUUAAGGAGAUGGAAACUGCCGUCGAGGAGAAUGAUACCCUCAAGAAAGAAAAAUCGGAUUUGGAAGAGCAACUCCAAAGUGAAAAGAACCGUACGCAGCAGCUUGAAGAGGAACAAAAGACACGGGAGCAAGAGAUCGAGCAGCUCCACGACAAGUUGUCUGCGAACACACAGCGCAUCAGCGAGAUGGAAACCAAACUGUAUUCCGCGAACGAGACACGCACGCAGACUACCUGCACCAUCCAGGAGUUACGCUCCGAACGAUCGGCUCUUGCUGCCAAGUUGGCCAAGAGUGAAGCUGAGCUGUAUAGCAUAACGACAGAACUCAAGGCUGCACAACUUACAGCAAUUACGGCAAAGGAGGAGUCUCAAACGGAAGAAAACGCAUUGCGUGCUCAGCUUGAGGAAGUACGAACGCAACUUGCCAGUCUGUCCAAGACACAUGGUGAACUUCUUAACACAGUUGCCGAGACACAAAAAUCAACCUUAUCACCAGCCGAACAUGCCAAACUCAUUGCGGAUCUAUCUGAUCGUACUGUGGUGACGUUGCGCGAGGUGAACGCUUCUCUUCGACACGAGAACGAUAUCCUGCAUAGUCAGUUUAACGAAGCUCGUGAAGAAAGUGAUCGGGCAAUGCUGCAUUUGGAACUUGUGCGCAAGCAGCUGGAAUCCACGAGAACAGAGCUCGAGAAAAUACGCUCCGAGAAUCUGCGCAUGGGAGAAGAAUACUCGCGUUCUAGUACGGAUGCUAAACACCAAGCAGCGACCUACAAAGAAAGCAAUGAGCGUUUGCAACAAAAGGUUGCAGAAUUUGAAAAGGUGGUGGCAACACUUCGUGAGGACUUGGCACAAAAGGACACAGCAGUAGGACCUCUGCAAGCACGAGUUCGAGAGCUUGAAUCCAAGGCCAAGAAUUAUGAAGAUACAAUGAAGGUGGUAGAAGAAACACGGAAGCAAUGGAGCACAUGGACAAAUCAAGUGUUAUCAAAGAGCAACCGCAUCGAUCCUACUGAACACCAGCGUUUCAAAGACGAAUGUGAAGCUCUUAAAAAGCAGGUGCAGGCAUCUGACGCAACUAAAGCCGAGCUUGAUCAGAAAUUAAAGAGCCUCAAUCAUGAAUUGGAAACUACGAAACAAAAUGUUACCAAAAUGCAAAAUAUCGCUGCAACUCUUAAGCGACGAUGGACCGAAGCGGAAAACAAGCUGAAAGGUCAAACUGCAUCCCAUGAUUCAUCUAACCGUGAAAAGGAACUACAAAAACUAGUCGAAGAAAAAGAAAGUCAACUGCGACAAAAGGCCAAUGCUCAUGAAGCACUCCAAAGAAAACACAAGGAUCUUCUCGCCAAGACUCGAUCCAUAAUUUCUGACAAGGCCACACUUGCAGAAGAAAGCAAAAAAUCACAAGAGGAACUUGAAAAACUGCGAAAGGAUUUACAAAAGACAACUGAGGACUUGUCAAUAUCAACAGAAGAACUGAAGAAGUGUACCGAGGAGAAGCGAAACCUGGAGAUGGAGAACUCUCGUGCGAAGGUCAAACAAUCCGUUGACGCAAAUAAGAUUGCCAAAUUGACUAAGCAACUGGAAACGCUGGAUCGAUCUCAGGAGGCAGAGGGAAGUGCUGAAGAAGGAGAGCUGUAAUUCAGAUUUACACAUACACAAACUUGUACAUAUUGCAUAAUGAAGAAGAGAAAAGCAUAGGAUUAGUAUGUAUAGCAAACUGCUAUUAUGGAAAGCGGAGAACAUUUUGUAUGGUGAACUGGUAUAGUUCAAGCUUUAGAUGGAAGCAAGAACAACACCUUCUGAUUUGCUUGUAUGACAAGACAUGCCUUACCCGACAUUUAUAAACGGAGUAGUGUAUGAUGACGCACUGUGCCAGCUGGCUACGCAUUAGUAGGAAUGAUCGUUUCCUUCAUGAUAAUGCAUCCCAACGAACGGAUAUUGCACACCCGUUUGAUGAGUGUAACAGCUGGAAGUAAUGAUGUUCUUUUA